AUGGUGGAAAUGCAGUUCAUCUCCGUCAGUUUCCUCAAACGUGAUGGCGGUCAAAGCAACGAUGGACAUAUUUCAGUAAAUCAUAAUACUCCACUUCAACUCGUUAUCGUCAUUGGAGUGGUCGUCUUAACAAUCACACUUUUAUCUUCGCUAAUAUGGAUGUGUUGUGCUUCAAGUAGAAGUAAAUACCGUAGAGAUCGAUUUAGCAAAUUCUUCAAAAUUGGCAAUGGUGGAGGACAAAAGAUGCAAUCCAGAUCAUGGAAUCCGCAAAAGCCUGGAUCUGUGUACGAAUUUGGCGAUGCUGAUUCACUCGAUGGACUCUCUCUUCGGGAAAAGUCAGACGUUUCAAACGAUCGCAAUUCUAGAACUUCAAAUCGAUCAGGUAAUAAUAAGGCGCCCAUCUUGAGCCCUUUGAGCCCUAUGCCAAUGUUAAAGGAAGAUCGUGGAGUCAACCCAUUCGAAGAUGCAGCAUCAAGAAAUGUUGAUCAGAACGGAAGUGGUGCUGCAGUGAGUGCUCCUCCCCAGGCAGCGCAUCCGCCCGUUCAACGUGGUCGCGGCUGGCAAUUGUUUGACGGUCAAGUGAAUCAGCAAGGUCAAGAUUUAGAAGCAGGUACACUACCACCUGCCAGAAGACCUAGCUUUAUCGACAGGCUACUGGCACAUCGUAGUCUAUCACAGACCAAUGCCGUCAAAAUGCACACGGCCAAUACGAUUGCUUCUCCAAGUCCUACCCAAGAUGCAUUCAGAGCAGCAAACAAUCGUGCAGUACUUCCUCCCUUGGAUCGUUGUGUAACCACGCCAGCACUUUUCAGUAAUUCAGCUUUAGGGGGGCAGCGUACGAUUCCCUCAACGCCUGCGAUCCCAGGAAGUGGACUGAUAUCGGCGAUUGGAGGUGCUUUCAGACGAGUAUCACAAACGCAUCAACAAGUGACUGGAAGACGAAAAUAUGUUCCUUCUCCGCGUCAAUUACCGAUCGAAUCAGAUUAUGAAGGAACGAUUGGUGGUAGAGAUGCAGAUUUGCCAAUGGCAAGAAGGGCUGAUCAACGUCGUCCUUUGUGCGCUGAAAGUCAUUAUACGCCCAGCUUCACAAACGAUCCUUUUGCUGCCUCACCUAUCGCCGUUCAACGUUCUCCUGCUAUCAAUGCAGCAGCAGCAGUGAUGGCAGGAAAGUUGGGCGCUGGUGCUUUGUCACCUUGUUCUCGUCCCAACAAUAUGGUUGCAUCUCCUACUCCGCUACCAUUUGCGCCUUCUCCGCUUGGACAAUCACAGCCAAAGAUGCAAGAAAAGAUUGCUGGAACGCCUCAUCACACUCCAGGUAUGGCAGGCGUUGGUACGAAUUGGCCAAGACGGAUGUCGGAAACGAGCAUUAUUCAAAUUUACAAAGAUGAAAAGGGUGGCUUUGACGAUAUAAAGAGACAACGUGAUUGGCAGCACAGUCACGAUGCAUCUUCAUCUCGUCCGCCCAAAAAGGAUAAAUUGCAAAAAUGGAUAGCUUCAAAUCAAUUUGCCGCCGUUCCACCUCCUGAUGAUGUGAGCAGACGUGGAAGUGCGAUCAGUUUUGCAAUUUCCGAUCGAAGUAUGCCUUCGGUAAGUAGACAGAAUAGUGUUACUUAUGCAACUAAUGCGCACAGAAAGAGGCCGAAUGGUCCAAAAGCUGGACCGUCUACCAAGAGCGCAAAAGAACUUCAACGGAUCGCAAGUUUGAGACCGCAUUUUGCACCAAUGACCACUUUGGCAAGUUGGCUUGAAAAUGACGGUCAGGAUGAACAUACUGAGGAGAUCACAUCAGAUGCGACGGUAAAGCAGUCUAAAGGACCCGAAAUGGAGCGCAUGGCAUCUAGGACAACAGAAGCGGAAAAGCAUAGCAUCAUUGAAAAGUAUUUGGAUCGACCUGAUGAAGGAGAUCCCUUUGAUGAUCGAUCCCAAGUGACUGAUUAUAAUCAACGUGGAAUGAUUUGGGAGGAUAUUCCCUCUGCCUCUGGACCGCCUUCUUAUAGGACAAACCCUUCACGUACAUCUCGUAAGAAAGGUAUCGCCCAUGAGCCAAGUGCAUCAAAAAGAGAAACAGUGACUGUGACGGGUGAAGGUGGUGUUACAGCAGAAUUUACACUGGUCAAUUCAGCGGCAGAUAAUGAAGAUGAAGAAGCCGAAAGAAGAAGAUUGAAAAGUGAGAAAAAGAUGCGCAAACGUAUGCGUGAAGCACGUAGAGCGGCCAAAAGAGCAGCAAAAGAAGCCGCUGCUGCCGGAUUGAAUCCUGAAUUGAUGACUUUGCCUGCCGUUCGUGCAGCAAUGAACGAGCUUACAGAUGCCAUUAAUACCAGUGAUUCAAGUAAAGCACGCGAACAAACUUUACGACAUCAAUUACUCGAUCAAAGUGACGUUGUCAGCGCUGAAGGGCCACCUUCUUUCGUCGAAGAAGGCGUCAAAGUUGAGGAAAAGUCCGAAUCAAAGGUUCAUCCUGUGGCUCCCGUCAAAUGGGUGGCCGAACUACUAGACAAAUCUCCCGAAAUCACUGAAGCAUUCCAAGCAAGCAUUUUGAUGGAAAAGCUAAAGGCUGAACAAAGAGCACAAGAACAAUUGCCGGAAUACAAAGCAAGUUCACCGCGCUCAAAGAGCAGAUCAAAGGCGGUAAAACCGAAAAAGUCGAACUCAUACACACGCAAAAGUCGUAGAGCCAGACUUCCGGUUGUGCGGGUUUUGAGUCCACCUGAAUCACCUCUUACUUCAGCUUCAGAAUAUCCAAGUUCAGUUGAUAGACAGAGAAGGUCAUCGAUGCCCAACAAUCGUUCAUUCCUUGUCGAAUCAAGAAGAGGAUCGCAGGAAACUGAGACUACGCUCAACCAACAUCAAAGCAUGAUCGAGCAACGUGGCAUGCCAACAAAGAGAAUCGUUUCAAUGCCAAUGAUGGACAAGGUGGAAUCUGUUCAGCAGCAAGUACAAGAUCCACCUAGACGUCAAUCAACGCAGAGACGAUUACCUUUGCCUCCAGUGAAGCAUCACGGAGCGGCUAGACCAAUUAGUGCUUACGAGCAAGUUUCUGCAUCUGUCUGGAUUCAAUAA